AUGCCGACGCGGCCCCGGGGUCUGGCGCCGUACCAAGCCGUGACAACGGCGUUCAAAGCCCGUUUCGGCAACCUCGACGAUGCCGCUGCGGCACAGGUAGAGCUCACCAAGCUCUGUGCUGACAAAACCGUGCGAGAGAAGCGCACUGCCGCAGAAUUCUCUGCGCUGUUCAAGGGUCCGGCGGACCAUUCCGGGUAUGGGGACCUGGAACUACACGACAAGUACCUGAGUGGCAUCCCUUCCCAUGUCUACCGCAAGAUCAAGCUCGAGACCUUCGCCAUGUGGCAAGCCGCUGACAAGCGCGCCACCAAGGUCGAGCAAAUCCUCGAUGUCAGCCGGGCCCGGCGGCCCGAGUUGAACAACUUCUUCUCAACCCGAGGUCGAGGACACGGAGGGGCAUGUGGUGGUGCACCCCAAUCCCAUGCAGCUUCGGCCAGCAUCAACGCGGCCGUCGGAAAAGGCAACUUCCCUGGCACUUGCUUUGGCUAUGGGAAGCAAGGGUACUGA